AUGUUUUAUAAUGUAUAUCAAGUGGAAUAUACACACAUUUCGUUUGGCUGGUUAUCUGAGACAACGACAACGACGAAGACGACGUUAUUUACAAAUGUUUGUCAGCAGAAAAAAAGCAGAAAAGAUACACGAAAUGAAAUGAAAUCUCCGCACAUCAGAUAUCUCGAUGCCAACGACAUGAUGAGAAAGAAAAAUAUUUAA